UUACAUUAUUCCACGUGACACCUUCCUGCUACACUUACAACUACGACUGAAUGAGAAGUUCACUAGAUUUACUACGGUCGUGGUCUCAUUCAAAUAUAAGAAAUGCCUCUAAGAAAAGCCGUGAUUGUCCCGGGGAACGGAUCUGGAGACGUGGAGCGGUCUAACUGGUACGGAUGGGCCCGCAAACAGAUCGACAAGAUUCCAGAUAUGACCUGUAUCCUGAAAGAUAUGCCUGACCCAGUGACUGCCAGGGAGAGUGUGUGGCUGCCCUUCAUGGAGGAGAUGGGAUGUGAUGAGGAGACGGUUAUCAUCGGUCACAGCUCUGGAGCCGCAGCUGCCCUGAGGUAUGCAGAGAGCCACAAGGUGUUUGGGAUCAUCCUAGUGGGAGCGUACGUCUCUGACCUGGGAGACGAGACGGAGCGAGCCAGCGGAUACUUCAAUCGUCCGUGGGAUUGGUCAAGCAUCUCGAGCAACGUGGAUCACCUGGUCCAGUUCGGCUCCUCUGACGACCCCUUCCUGCCCUGGGAGGAGCAGCAGGAGGUGGCGGACAACCUCAAGACGGAGCUCCACCACUACUCGGACCGCGGGCACUUCCAGAACACCGCGUUCCCGGAGCUCAUCACUGCCGUCAAAAAGCUCAAGGCAGCGGCAUGAUGCGGUCGCCCGGGGCAACGGCUGCAAGACGAGCCUUGUGUGGAGGGGGA